AUGAUACAGUGGAGUUCACGCUCUUGCAGGGUCUACCGGUAGGAAGUCCAUUCAUGAAACCAUCAAUGUCACUGGUUGCCACAAGACAUUUCAAGGAAGAAACUGGCAGAUAGAACUAGCAUUCGUGGCAAUGGAAGGUAGGACUCCCCAACCUCUCAGACUCAAUCCCCCACCACUUCCGCGUUGGAAUCCGCGACCCUCUUCCGAGAGUUUUCCUGUGGCUUGGGUAGGUCAGCCCUGGGGGCGAGCCAGAGCGGGCACCCGCGCGCCCAGGGGCUUGCCAGCGCAGACCCCACUCCGCCUGCGAGUAGCUUAGUUGGUGGGGAGACUUCAGCUGUCACUCUCGGCCCGCAAAGGCAGAUCUGCCCCAUCCCUGCAGCCCUCCCCAGUCCCGGAGACAGGUGUGGGCCGCAGAGGGAAGGGGAUCCAGACCAAAUGCCCACCCGCAGGCGAGCGACCUGGCGAGGUCGGGCCCACCUUCCUUGGGUUGUAGCGGACGCCGGCAAGCAGGGGUCCAGCGAACGUGGGCAUCUGCCCAGCGCCGGAUUUUCAACCCACCGCCAGGGCUAAGGCUCCCCGCCCACCAGCGAGCCACUUUCCCGCGCGGAAACCUCUAACUCCGGCAUCUCAGGCUGGGAACUCGGAGAUCCAGAGUGGUCUCCCCUCCCCCCCGCGCACACGUCAGCGCUAGCGCCGUGGAAGCGCCGUAAUGUCCCGAAGAAGCGCGUCUCCAAACUUGCACCCCGCUGCCGCAGCUUCAACGGAGAAAUCCCUUGCCCCAAGCACACGUCAGCCCUGCCCCCGGAGUCAUGGCACAGCAAAAGAGAGGCUCUCCAUGGAGAUAUGCUCCAGAAGGGUGGGUGGCUGUGCCUAAAGGUUAGAAAAGGACAGUCAGUGAGGCUUGCUGGCUGUGGCGCCUUACAACGCUCUCCCCGACCCCUCGUCAUUCAGAAGGUUCCGCAGGUCUCGACAGCGGUGGGCUUGUCAGCCCCAUCCGGCGGCCAGCCUUCCUUGCUGGAUCGCCCACGUUUGUCGGCCUGGUCCAAGUUCUUCGUUUCAAAGCAUCUGCACCUGCGAGCCCGCGGCCGGAGGCGCUGGGGGCGUUUGUGCGCGUGUAUUCUGAGGCGCGUGGUAGUGAUGGCGGCGCUCAGUGAGACUUUCCUGUCACUGGCUACUACUACUCCCAACCCUCCUCAAAGCCGCCGGAGCAACCCCCAGGUCUUUACAAUCGGCAAUUUGACUUGCUCUGCUGCAUGUCUGGAGGGACCAAGGAAACUGUGGAGACGCUCCAAGGAUUAGGUGAUCGGAGCUUGAAAAGAAAAAAAGCCAAACAAAUAAACAAAACCCACCCACCCUAACAAAUAUGAGGCUGCUGGAGAGAAUGAGGAAAGACUGGUUCAUGGUCGGAAUAGUGCUGGCGAUCGCUGGAGCUAAACUGGAGCCGUCCAUAGGGGUGAAUGGGGGACCACUGAAGCCAGAAAUAACUGUAUCCUACAUUGCUGUUGCAACAAUAUUCUUUAACAGUGGACUAUCAUUGAAAACAGAGGAGCUGACCAGUGCUUUGGUGCAUCUAAAACUGCAUCUUUUUAUUCAGAUCUUUACUCUUGCAUUCUUCCCAGCAACAAUAUGGCUUUUUCUUCAGCUUUUAUCAAUCACACCCAUCAACGAAUGGCUUUUAAAAGGUUUGCAGACAGUAGGUUGCAUGCCUCCGCCUGUGUCUUCUGCAGUGAUUUUAACCAAGGCAGUUGGUGGAAAUGAGGCAGCUGCAAUAUUUAAUUCAGCCUUUGGAAGUUUCUUGGGCAUCAUUAUAACACCCCUGCUCCUGCUGCUUUUUCUUGGUUCAUCUUCUUCUGUGCCUUUCACAUCUAUUUUUUCUCAGCUUUUUGUGACUGUUGUGGUUCCUCUCAUCAUUGGACAGAUUGUCCGAAGAUACAUCAAGGAUUGGCUUGAGAGAAAGAAGCCUCCUUUUGGUGCUAUCAGCAGCAGUGUACUCCUCAUGAUCAUCUACACAACAUUCUGUGACACGUUCUCUAACCCAAAUAUUGACCUGGAUAAAUUCAGCCUUGUUCUCAUACUGUUCAUAAUAUUUUCUAUCCAGCUGAGUUUUAUGCUUUUAACUUUCAUCUUUUCAACAAGGAAUAAUUCGGGUUUCACACCAGCAGACACAGUGGCUAUCAUUUUCUGUUCUACACACAAAUCCCUUACAUUAGGAAUUCCGAUGCUGAAGAUCGUGUUUGCAGGCCAUGAGCAUCUCUCUUUAAUAUCUGUACCCUUGCUCAUCUACCACCCAGCUCAGAUCCUUCUGGGAAGUGUGUUGGUGCCAACAAUCAAGUCUUGGAUGGUAUCAAGGCAGAAGGGAGUGAAGCUGACAAGGCCGACAGUAUAACAAAGGAGGUGGACUUUCUGUAGCAAUGUAUAUAUGUACAGGAUUGUACAUACUAGCAAUUCUGAAGACUUGUACUUGUGAAUGUUGCCUCAAUGCAUAUUUUAUUUUUUUACACAAAAAUAUGAGAUCCUGUUUAAGUGCCUUAAAAUGUAUUUGACAAGAGCGUUAUUUCCAAAAUAUGCUUUGUUGAUUACUGCCAGGGGUGGUACAAUAUCUGGGAGUUAAUUUUGUUUUCCUAAUGCAGGAAUCAGUCAUGGUAAGUGACAAAAAGCAAACAUGCUUUCCCUGCAGCACCUUUGUGCAAUACAACCCUAUAGUAGUUACUGUAAUGUUUGAAAUGAGGUCACACCAUCAGGAAAAUGCCCUUCUGAUGACAGUGAAAAUUUCCAAAGUCUUAUUCAUGCAUACUUUGAUUUACUGUGUGAUUCUUUUUUUCUACGACUGUGACAUGCCUCUUCCUUAUCAACUCAGCAGGGGUCAUAGAUCGAAUAGAUGCUGAAAAGCGUAAGAUAUAUGCAUUCCUUGACAUCAUUUUUAAAGACAUUCCUUCAAAUAGUUUCCACACAGAAAUUCCUCACUCCCAUUAUGAGAGAUUGUGGUUAUAUGUCUUAAAUUUAUUAUAAGCUGCUUCAAAGAAAGGGCCUGAAUGUUUGAAUUAUGAGUGAAGUCAUGUGAAAUUUUGAGUUAAACUCUGUGAUUUGAUUUUCAGGGUCUUUAAAAUAUAUCUUAAUAUCUUCUUCCUCUUUAUUCAAUAAUUUCUGUCUUGCACUUACACACUCAUAACAGCCAAAUAUGAGGCACAGAAAUGUUACAAUCAGUUUGAAAGCAGCAUCAAUUAAUGGUAGAUUCUAUUCACAUUCCACAACCCAGACCAAAUUUUUUUCCUAUUACGCAGAUGUGCUGAGCACUUUCCAGAUUGCCCCUGUUGGCCAAAAGCAGCCUGUUACAUCCUGGAAUUAAGCACACUUAAGGUAUUUGAGACAAUUUAUUAAUGAAAAUUUCCUUGGCAGAUUUGACAAAUGUUGGCAAUAUUUUUUUAAAAGUUAAAUCAUAUUGCUUUCAUGAAUAAAUGAAAAUAUAAAGGUCGUGGAUGCAAACAAAUGUUACAUAUACACAUUCUGUCUCUCCAGAUGAAAAGAACAUGCAAAACCAUUUAAUAACCAAAAUAUCAAGUAAAAUUAGUUCCCAACGGGGCAGCAGCUUUCAAAUGAGUGUCCAAUAUUUGCUUUUGCUAUAGCUGCAAGAACUGUAACUGGACCCAAGUAGAGAAUGAAGCCACGUAUAGAACUACGGGAAUACUUUUCUGUUUUUCCUCCAUGCCGUCCUGUCACAUCCUCUUACACGUCCUCUCUUGAUUUGAUAGACAAUAUUGGCAUCCUGGGUCUCACUGAGGCCGUGCUAUGUCCUCAGCAGCUGUUUUUGUUGUUUUGUUGUUAUGCCCACAACAAAAAAUCAUUCCUUAGAAACUCACCAAGUUUAUCUACUGUGUAAAUUUAUAUUAUUGUUACUACCAGGUCUCAUCUUUUGUCAAUGUCAUUGAAUAAAUUUCAUGAGAGUUAUUCUCAGUGUGAAUUUUAAGGCUAAUGCCAGAUCCUGCAAAAAUCUAUGCUAACCAGGCUGUAGUACACACUGUUAUAAAGAAUUUUACUUGUGUCUAAAACUACAGUAAUUUUGCUUAGGUAGUUGUGCUUACCUAUGGAGCACAGGAAGGCUCUUAUAUUUUGUUCCUACACGUUUCUUUGAAUUUUGGAGUAAAUGGAAGUGUCUGUCUGUCUGUCAUCUAUCUGCCCUAUCAUAAAAAUCUUUCUCCCUAACAUUAAAAUACUGAUCCCCGCCCCCAACUUAUCUACCUCUAUUGUCUAACACCUAUAGUAGGUGUGAUCAUGGGAUAAAAUUCAACUGAAAAUGCUAUGAUAACAUUUUAUCUUUUGCUUUAAAAAUGUGUUUUGUUUUCAAAUAAUCUUUACAUAGUGAACUUUGGUGGUGUUAGUGAUAUGUUUAUGCCUAUUUCUUUUUUUUACACAAAUUCCUUGGCAUAUUUUUUCAUAAAGAACAAAAAAUAAAAUCAAAAUUUAUUUUUAAUUCAUGCUUAUUGGGAUUUAAUUAUUCAGAGCUUAAAAUAUUUUGUUAUGUUUAUACACUGUAAAGCUAUCUGUUUUAUGCAUUUGUUUUGUCUAAAUGUAUUUAUGAAAGAAAUACAUUAGAUUAUGUUUACUCAUUUUUCCACCUGGAUUUUUUUUAAUGGUUGUUACAAAAUUAGAUUUUUUAAUGGGUAAUAAUGUUGGUAUUUUCAUGUUUUUUCUUAGUAUUAAAAUUUUUGUGGGUUUUUAAAAAUUUUUCCCUAUUCUGUUAAAAAUUAACACACCUCUAGCUAAUGUUCAGUGUUUGUGCUAAAUACCAAAUUUUUUCAAAAGGAUUGGUUAAGUCAUAAAGUGGAUUAUUUAUGAUGACUGGAAGGUGAAAAUAAUUAUAUGAUUAAACAAAGAAUGUUUCAGAAA